UUUCACUCUACAUUUGSACAAAGUGCAAAUUCUCCAGUUAUUUCUGGCACUUUUAGGUGUAGAAUGGGAGGUCGUUAUUGGAUCAAAUAAUUAACUUGGGUUUCGGGUUACAGGGAAUGUGGCAUUGCUUUAACUGGCGGAUUUCUUUUUGUGCCGUCUGUGAAGUUUAUUUGUUUGACCAUGUCAUGACUUUUCGCAGCCUGUUGUGACCAGCCAGCUGGGCACCGUUAAUAAUAUUAUCCAGGUGAAGAAAACUGACUUCGAGGUGUUUGAUGCUCUCAUGGUGGACUCGCAAAAAUCCUCUGACGUUUCAGACCUGUCCAGCUCUCCGCCCGGCCCAUAUCACCAGGACGCUUAUGUCCCCAAACAGGACGAAAAGUUUAAGUCCCCACCUAUCCUCCCUCCGCACCUCCUCCAAGUCAUYCUCAACAAAGACACUGGGAUAUCUUGUGACCCUGCAUUACUUCCAGAGCCAAACCACGUCAUGCUCAAUCACCUUUACGCRCUUUCAAUUAAGGAUGGAGUGAUGGUGCUUAGUGCGACACAUCGGUAUAAGAAGAAGUACGUCACCACUUUAUUGUAUAAGCCCAUCUAAUGGCCACGUCUCAUUCCAGCCGUCUGUGUAUGAACUAUUCACCAAGUGUGCAGAAURUUUCCUCCAAUCGUUUUUGAGUGUCUUCCAUGAAAUAGAAAAAUUAGACCAAACYUGUUAAAAAAUCCCUCACCUGUUCACGUCAACCCAAGUUGAACAAUGAAUGAAGUGGGAUGAAUGAAGGACUUAAUGAUAUGAUUUUUAUGAAGUAUAAACAUAAUCACAAAAUUGUAAUUAUUUACAGUUCGUUAGAGUUAGAGAUGAUUUGUUGUAUUGAAUUAUACAAGUUGAAAGGCAUUUCAGAGACAUCUUCAAACAUGCCAAACAUUUCAAAUAGUUUUAUGAAUAUCCUCUCUGAGGAUAUUCAUAAAACUAUUGAUGACGUGACAUUUAGCUUUCUAAACUUCUAGCAUCAGCAUUGAAAUGCAUUACAGUUAAAUKUUUUACCUUUUUUUGUGUUGCAGGCAAAACUGUUACCAGUAGUGCUUGAAAAUUUAUUUGAAAUAUAUAUUUUUUAACAUUAAUGACCAGAAUGACCUGUUUUUUUUUUUUGUUUUUUUUUACUUUUUAAAGAGAAAUCCUCAGACUUGGAUUUAAUCAAAACGUGACAAUGGGGAGACAGACAGGUGCAGAUGGGCAGAGUGAGGGAAUAUCAGAGUCUUAUCUGGUCGCCAAAGGAGAUUACUUAGAACCUCAAGCGGAGAGUUGUUGAAUCUUAUCAGRCUAAAGCCUCAGACAUGGUCUCUGUCUGCAUCAGUUUCAUCCUCCGCUGAGUGAAGAAUUGUGGGUAAUCAGCCGUUGCUAACAGACUUGCAUCCAGCCCUCUCAAAAGUAACAACCCAGUGCCUUCGGAGACGACGAUGCAGUGUGUGGGUCGAAUGCCCGAAGCAACACAGUGAGCAAUACGGAGAAGGCUGCAGGAAGAAAAGUCAGUGUCGUGAAAAGAGAGUAUUGCUUUAUUUAUUUUUUAUUUUUUUUAGUUUGUUAGAGUUUGCAUUAAAAAGUCGGCAGACUGACGGGGAGAAAAAAAUACAAAAAAAAAAAAAGAUAUAGAGUAAGAAUAACAUUUACUUUGAGGCAACAAAGAAAAGAAUAUUCUAGAUCUUCCAAAUAAUCAAUUAUUUCAUAAAUUAAAAUAAAAACAGAGAAGAGUUGUUAGAUUUUCAAGCACUACUAAAAACAGAUGAGCACUCUGAUAGUGAUUUAUACUCUGCAUAUCUAGUUAUUGUAAACAUCCACCUAAGGUUGUAAAYGUGUCAAUUAUUACAUUCCUAUUUAACAUGCCUUUCCUUGUACAUUCAUUUGYAGGGAUAUUUUYUGCUUUGCAGAAUAUACAUAUGAAAAGCAAUAAUGAUUUGGUGGGGCACUGAAACGUAUUAAAUCGMAACAUAUAAGUAGUUGCACUCAUUAAUCAUGCUGAUAGGAAUAUGUGUAAAUAAGGUUCCUGUUUUCUUUCCCACGGUCGAGAAGACAAAACAAAACGUCACCAAUCAAGAAUGUGAACCUUCAGGUUACAGACUGAACAUAUGCACUGUGAGGCACUACUCUGUGUUCUCUUCUGCUGUUUGUGUCGAUGGGGAAGUAAUGUACGGAGUGCCGAGCACACAGGACAGAGUUAAUAUAUUUUUUAGAGCAUUUAGAGAUUAUAUUAUUUAUAUUUUAGCUGCUGUAGUUCAUUCUGUUGAUCCGGAUUGUYUUUAUUGUGUUGAUUGCCUUGUAUGGUAAAAUCCAUUUCACUCAAUCAAAAGUUUAACUCUUGAUUUGAUGUYGAAUCUGUGCACUAACAUGACAACGUAUCGGAAGAGUAGAACCGAUACCACUGUCAUAUUUUCUUUAUUUGUCUGCAUKAUGAAGAUUAAAUUGAGAUCACAUCCAACUGUUGACCUCCGUUUUGUUCAUCAGAGUGCAGAAUAUUGAAUAUUCAGAGUUCAAUUUAAAAAAUAGUAUUGUGAUGAGUUCUAUAUUUCUUUUUAAACUGUGUUAGGCAAUUGAYUAAUUACUUCUCAAGUAAUGAUGGGAAGAAAMAGGUAAAMUAWGUAGCUGUAAGCCUCACAAACCAAGUGCACCAGGAAAUGAUUACAAGAGAAAAGCUGCAUGGCAUACAUGAAAUCUGCCCUCUGGUGGAGGAUCUGCGAACUGGAAAGUACCAGUUUCUGCUGCCUGCACCUUUUGUGAAUCUGAGCUUCAAAAAUAAAAAGGAAAUACUUUUUUUUUUUUUUUUUUUAUAAGUCUUUUAUUGUCUCACAAAAUUCUGCUUUAAGUUCAUCCCAAAAUUAUUUGAUGUAAUCUUUUAAUUUGACUUCUGACUUGAAGUUGCAGGUGAGUUUUGAAGUGGUCCAACCAGAGCCACGGUUUCUAUCGAUUUUCCACCUUUUAAAUCAAAAUAAAAAUUGAUUCCUCUGUAGCUCCGUUCUUAGUCAAUUAAAAAUAACUUUAAAUUUGCCAGAUGCAUGAAUAAUUUCUGUCUGAACUGUGUACCAUUGGAGAUUYCGUUGAAAAGCGAUUGUGAAAAUGUGUGCAUCAGUUUCAGUUGUGAUACUCUUGGUACGUUGGUAGAUUUUAUGAGUCACUGCAACAACAUGCUCCAACAAGAGUUUGACAUCUUGUGGGGGGAAAAAAGAAAAAACUUCCUCUAAAUGUGUUUCCCCUUAAAUGUUGAAUAACUGGACAGCUAAACRCAUGGAURUGAUAAGAACRGAGUGCAUGUACACAAAAAUCAGUCUUAAYCUUUUAAUUACUACAGAAAAAAAGAUKUUUCAUGWUYAGUUUCAUUCAGAAUGUAAGCAAAUGUCAUUUUGAAUGAAUUAGCGAUGAGAUUCUAUGACUUUAUGGCUGGAAGSUUGAACAUAGGAGAUCGGAGCUURCAUGGUGUGAGAAAUCUUUAACCUUUGCACAUGCUAGCUUGUGUUGUGAGAGUGAAAUCGUGUGAGCUGGUGCUGUAUGGACAGCUGACAUCCAAGGACCCACACCUGAUGUAUAUAAAGGGACUUAACGUUUGAGGGAAAGUCACUUUGCGACUCAAGCUUCUCACUCACAGAAUGAAUGCCUUUCAGACCGUCUUCCUCUUGGCUGUUGGUCUCUCUGUAGCCCACUCACUGGACUACAAGGCUCUCCAUCAGUUCAGGGCCAUGAUCCUGUGUAUGUUGCCUGACAGCUGGCCUGCUCUUGACUAUGCAGACUAUGGAUGUUACUGUGGAUACGGAGGCUCUGGCACACCCGUUGAUGAUCUGGAUAGGUGCUGCCAGAUUCAUGACCAGUGUUACAGUGACGCCAUGCAGCAUCCGGAGUGCUGGCCCAUCCUGGAUAACCCUUAUACCGAGAUUUACUCCUACACCUGUGAUGAGGCUAACAGAAAGCUCUCUUGUACAGACCAGAACGAUGAAUGCGAGAUGUUCAUCUGUGAGUGCGACCGCAAAGCCGCAGAGUGUUUCAGCAGGUCAGAGUGGAACCCCGAGCAUGAGCACCUGCCAAGUGACCGGUGUCAGUAGAGUCCUGCACAAACAGCUGUGUCAAGGAAAGAAUCUGUGCCACAUGCAUUUUCAUCUGGCGUCAUUCUGAAUCACAGUGACCUUACAGGACCAUUUACUAAUGAGGUGAUUCAUGCGUGGCCUUUUAAGCGUCCAUCCUUUCUCCAUCUGGAUGUUUCUGGUUGGACUUGCUGCUUCAUCUCACCCUAAAUGUCAUCAUCAUGUUUACCCUCCACUUGAGUGUGAUGGUAAUUGCAAUUUUUUAGUGCAGUUUGCAGUCAACAGAGGGCGCCGUUCCUCAUUUAUCCCAUUAGUGUGUCGGAAGACAGAGAAAAGCAUCAACUUGCUCCACAACAGUUCUUUUCACUUUAUGUAACAUAAUUACAAAUAAUAAAUGACUUUUUUUCCCAGAGGGAAAUAAAUGUUUUCUUUUCCAUUACCUAAAUCCUCGGAUUUUUCACUUUCGAGUGGUCUAUAAAUUGUUACCAUGACCUUAGUCAUUUUUUUUGCCAAAACUGAUUUUGACAACAGCAAAAAAAAAAAAAUUACUUUUAGCAAAAAAUGGCUUUAGCCAUUAUUUUAGGAAAGUGGCAAAAUGUUAAACCAAUCUUUAUGUAACUAUCCUGGUGCUUUUCAACUGAUUACAUCAUGCUGGCAGCAUGACUUGGUUGCAAAAUGUUUACAACAAUAUUAAAUUCCUGCUGCAUAACUGAAAA